CACACACCCACACCCACAGUCACACUCUCCCGCCGCGCUGUCAGUGCGUCACAAACCGCCUGUGUUUCCACUCCACUCCACUCCACGCUUCUUCCAUCUGCGCGUCCUGUGCGCGUCCACCGGCGGCGCCUGUUCCUGCUCCGCGCGCCUACAGCUGCAGCAGUGCGCAAACCUGUCUCACCCUCGCGCCGCAGCAGCUGAAGUGAGGAAAAAUCCACAGCAGGAGAACAACAGUGAUGGCUUCAGAAUCCACGGACUUCGAGAAACUGUCGGAGGAGCAGAUUAAAGUGCUGGAGGGCGGCUUUAAAGACUGCAAGUAUCCGGACGGGACGACGCUCAUGCUGGUGGCUGCAGAGUGCGGACUGUCAGAGGAAGACACACGGAAAUGGUUCAAGCAACGUAACGCGAAGUGGCGGCAGUCGGAGGGUCUUCCAGCUCAACUGGGCUCGGUGUUGGACUGAGACUCCACCUUCAUGGACGCCUGAAGCUCUGUGCUGACUCCGUUUCGCUUUGACAAGACAACGUCCCCACCUCUUCCUCCUUAUGUGUCCAUUUGUCUUUUUUUGUACCUACGAAGCUAUUUUAACUUACAGAAUGUGAAGUUGUGUUUGUGUUGAUGCUAAGUAUAACCGCCAUGUUUACAGAAAUAAACAUAUUGUUAUAAGUUAAA